AUGCAGCAGGAAGAGGAGGAGGAGCAAACUCGUACAGUCUCGGCGCUGCGUGCUGGGUCGGGUGAGCUGGGAGGUGUGGGUGUACUCGCUGCAUUGGCGAAGCGAUCUAUGCGCGUCUCAAAUCCAUCUUGCAGCGAUUGCAAAACCGAGCCGUGGUCGAUCGAAUUGUUCUCAUCCUCCUCGGUGCUGGAACUGGAAGGGGCCUCCUGGGGUGACCGCCAUGAGCGGCGUCGACCAGCCAUGACGGCCAACAACCGCGCAAUGCGCGCUCUGGUGCAAAAUAACCCGUCAACCACCGACGCCCAAACCAAGCUGUACAAACAACGACACUUGCUUCACCCGUCCAAGCUGAUCCACACCCGCCGCCGUCUCCACACGCACGAAUCCCUCGCCGAUCUACACUGCCCGUGCAAGGCGUCGGUCUGCCGUAACCCGCCGCGCUUCCUCUAA